UGCUGAAGGGGUGACCGAGAGAGUGCAUGUCUGUGUGUGUGUGUGUGUGAGAGUGUGUGUGAGAAAGUGAGAGAUGAACCGUAUGCAUGUAGAUGCUGCAUGAGCUGCAACCGGAGCUGCUACUGGUGGUGGUGAAUAAUGCAGACAGGGGAACAGAGUUUGGAUAGCAUGCAGUGAGCCAGAUUAAUAAUGUAUCGUGCCGGUUAUGAGCUCUGCUUUAGUUAGUUUUUCUGGAACCUGUAGCUGCCUACUAUCUGCCUGCCUUCCUCACUCACUGACUCCCCUGCAUACCUUUCUGCCUGCCUGCCUUCCUACCUGACUGUUGGACUGUCUGACUUGCUCAGAAAAUGUCUCACUACCAUUUCAUCAAAUGUUGUUGCUUCCAGCUAUGUAACGUCUUUCGCCAGAACAUGGAGAUAGACCAGUGUCUGCUGGAGUCUCUUCCCAUUGGCCAGCGCCAGAGGCUGGUCAGGAGGAUGCGCUGUGAACAAAUAAGGGCGUACUAUGAGAGAGAAAAGAGCCUUCAGCGCCAGCAAGGUGGAGUCAAGGUUCGAGCCCUGCCCACGCACCGCAAGAAGCACCAUGUCCGCUUCAGGCCCGCCGAUAUUAUACAGGAUGCCAUCGUUCAUCAUAAUGACAAAGAAGUGUUGCGCCUCCUGAAAGAAGGUGUUGACCCCAACACUCCCAUUUCCUCUGGGGGAUCCUUGCUGCACUUGUGUGCCCGCCAUGACAAUGUCUUUGCAGCAGAACUUCUGAUUGAACGAGGCUUGAGCGUCAACCUGCAGGACGAAGACCUGUGGACAGCCCUACAUGUAGCCUGUGUGUGUGACCAUGCUGAUAUGGUGCUGCUGCUGCUGCUGGCUGGAGUGAAUGUUUUGCUUCAGGACAUCAAUGGAAACAUUCCUCUGGACUACGCCAUUGAGGGGACGGAGACCAGCUACAUCCUCCGAAAACACUUGGAGGAAAACGGUGUGGAUGUGUCAUCCAUGCAUGCCAUGAAGAUUCAGAGACCCAGCACCAUGCUCUCUGAUGUUAGACAGCUUGUAGCCUCAGGGGGAAGCCUCAAUCAGCCCAAUGAAGAAGGAAUUACUCUGCUCCACAUUGCAUGUGCGAGUGGUUACAGAGAAGUGGUGUCUGUGCUACUGCAGAGCGGAGCAGAUCCUCAUCCUGCUGACAACAACUUUUGGACCCCUCUCCACCUGGCUGCUAAAUAUGGACAGACAAGCUUUGUUAGCCAGCUCCUAAGGCAUGGCGCGAACCCGACUCUGCUGAACUGCAACCAAGACAAGCCCUACGAUAUUGCAGUGUCAGAGCCCAUAGCAGAUAUGCUGCUGAAUGCAGAAGAGAGCUGGCAGCAGAGGCUGAAGGACCCCUCUGCUCCUCUGCCCUCCACUGACCAGCGCUAUGAUAGUGGUUCACAUGACCUCAACACCCCUGUCAAGAACUUGAACCCCCUGGGUAUCUCAAUCGCUAAGCGGGACAGUCUGCUGGAGAAAUGUGCCAUGUUCAGAGAGGCAGCUGGAGCACUGAGGCGACAACCCUCUCAGGAUAAUGGCCUAGAUAGCCCCUUUGGCUCUGGAGCCAGCAAACUGGAGCAGGUGAAACUGAUGCCUCCGGCACCCAAUGACGAUCUGGCGUCCCUCAGUGAGCUGACUGACAGCAGCCUUCUCUACGAGAUGCAGAAACGUUUUGGCAACGACCAAAUCUACACUUACAUUGGCCACAUCCUUCUGCUGGUCAAUCCAAACAAGGAGCUGCCCAUCUAUUCCACUUUGGUCAGUCAGUUGUACCUGAGCUCCACGGGUCGCCUUUGCUCUUCUCUGCCACCUCACAUCUUCUCCUCAGCAGAGAGAGCUUAUCAUAUGAUGCAGCAGGAGAAACGCCCGCAGUGUUUCAUCUUGAGUGGCGAGAGUGGCUCUGGAAAAACAGAGGCGUGCAAGCACAUAGUGAGACACCUGACAGCCCGCUCCAGCGCCAAAGGCUUUAUGCUGGAGCCCAGAAUGAAACAUGUCAACUGUGUACUGGAAGCCUUUGGCCACGCUAAGACCCAGAGGAACAGCAACUCAAGCCGCUUUAUCAAGCUGCUGACGAUCCAAUACUGUGAUAAGAGGAGGACACCACUCAGAGCCCAUGUAUACACCUAUAUGCUGGAGAAGUCCCGUCUAGUCCACCUGCCUGCUCAACAACACAGCUUCAAAAUCUUCUAUUUAAUGGCUGAGGGCCUUUCAGCUGAGGAGAAGAGUGCACUUUACCUCAACAACGUCUUGGCUCAUAGGUAUAUUAGCGGAAGACUUCCAGGGGAGAACCCUCCAGUAGCUACAGCCUCUACGCAGAGUAGAGAACAUCUUGCAGCAGUCAAACAAGCCCUGCGAGCCCUCGGCUUCAACAAGCAGGAGGUUGACUCAGUAUUUACGCUGCUCUCUGCUGUGCUCCAUAUCGGGGACCUGCGUUUCACAGCACUGACAGAUGCUGACACAGCCUUCCCUUCUGACCUGCAGCUGCUGGAGAGAGUUGCUGGAUUAUUGCAGGUAUCCUCCAGUGACUUAAGCACCGCCCUCACCUCUGAUGUUCAGUAUUUCAAAGGUGAUGUGAUCACUCGGCGCCACACAGUAGAGAUGUCAGAGCAGUACAGGGACCAGCUUGCCAAAGCCAUCUACGGGCGCCUCUUCAGUUAUCUGGUCAACAAUAUCAACGACUACCUUCAGGGACAAGAUGACACCAUCAGUGAUCCUGCUUGGGAGAUUGGGAUCUUGGACAUAUUUGGGUUUGAAGAAUUUCAGAAGAAUGGAUUUGAGCAGCUGUGUGUGAACAUGACCAAUGAGCGGCUGAGGCAGUACGUCUCUGAGGUGCUAUUCCAGCAGGAGCAGGCUGAGUGUCUGCAGGAGGGCAUCGCCAUGGAGAACGCACACUCUCCCAGAAACCACCCAGCCAUUCUGGACUUCUUUUUUCAGAAGCCCCAGGGGCUGUUGUGCGUGUUAGAUGAGGAGAGCCAGAGCCUGCGGCCAUUAGAGCAGACCUUGUACAAGAGGCUCUCUGCCCAGUUGGACUCCAACCAAAUUCAUGGGCUGUCUCUCACUACCAAGGAUGGCAAUGGGAACCCCCCACCGAAAGACCAAGGCCCAGCCUUUAUUGUCAGCCACUAUGCAGGACAGAUUUCAUACAACCUCACAGGAUCGCUCACAAAAAACAAGGACUCUCUUCCUCAGAAUCUCCUGUUUACGAUUAAGUCAGCCAGUGAGAGUGUGUUGCUGCAGCAGCUCUUCCAGUCCAAGCUGACUCAGACUGGUUCCUUGGUGCCAGCAGCCCGGAGCUGCAUAGGGCUGAGGGGGCCUAAAGCUGCCUUGUUGCUCCACAGGAUACCAUCAGUCUCCCUUGUCAGUGCCAGCUCAAUCCCCCAACAGCCCCGGAGGUACCAUGAUCUUACCAAGAUCUUGAAGAAAAAGGGCUCCAGCUCCUUCCUCCAGCGACUAGAGCGUUGUGGACCCACCACAGUGGCAGUCCAGCUAAGGAACACACUGUCAGAGUUGGUUAGCAAACUGCAGGCCUGCACUCCCCACUUCGUGGAGUGUGUGCGACCCAACUCCAGCUGUCAGCCAGACAAUUUUGACAGCUUCCAUGUGUCUACCCAGCUGCAGUACAUCGGGGUGCUUGAGAUGGUGCGCAUGAUCCGUUAUGGUUACCCCGUGCGCCUGUCCUUUCCAGGCUUCCUCAGCAGAUAUAAAGACCUUGUUGUCCCAACACUGGGAGACAAGAAGAAACUGUCUCCGGAGGAAAAAUGUCGCUUAGUUCUGCAACAAUCAAAACUCCAGGGAUGGCAGAUGGGCAGCAGUAAAGUGUUUCUGAGAUACUGGCAGGCAGACCAGCUCAACGACCGCUGCUACCAGCUACAUAAAAAGAUCAUCACCUGUCAGAAAGUUGUUCGCGGCUGGCUAGCCAGGCAGCGGGUCAAUCGCAGGUUAUCGUUACAACACAAAGAGGAGUGCGGUGUGCAGCACUUCCUGCAGGGGGCAGAAGACAUGGGGCUGCGAACCUACGACCAGCUGGUUAUCCAAAAUGCCUCCGACAUUGCAAGAGAAAACGACCGCCUGCGCUGCCAUGGCAAUAGCCUGCUCAACACCCUUGGCAGUAGCCCACCACUUGGCGAAAGACCAGAGCCGGUGGGGAAGGAGGAAGAUCAGCCAAUCAGGAGAGUGGCGGAAAAAAGCACGAAAGUGCACGAAGGCCCUGCCAACGGCGGAAGUCGAGUCAUUCGCCACUUUCGUUCCAGCUCGGUACCCACCCCGCUCGCCAUUGAGAACAUGGUCCAUUCGUCUGCCAGUCCACCCAUCAAACCAGCCUUGCAGCAAGUUGUCCAUAUCAAUGAGGAAGGAGCAGGCGGGGGAGGUCUUUCCUCUCCUCGUAAGCAACCUCCUCCUAAACCAAAGAGGGACCCCAACACCCGUCUGAGUGCAUCUUAUGAAGCAGUUAGUGCAGGCCUGACGAUGGCCGCCAAAGAGUGCUCCACUCCAGAGGGCUACGCUUCACCAGCUGGAAGCCCUCCUAAAUCCCAACUAUCCCCCACAGACCCAGCAGCCUUGUCCAAACCCCGUCCCCAUAGUGAUGACUACACAACUAUGAGAAAGGUACCACCCCCGAAACCCAAGCGCAGCCCCAACACUAAGCUGACUGGCUCAUAUGAGGAGAUUAAUGCUGUAGCACCCCAGCUCCAUCAGCUGCGCCCAGCUGAUGUAAAGUUGGCCCUGCUUUCACGUGGCGGGGGAUUUGGAGGCUUGAUGCAGAGAGCAGCCUCUAUAGAUGCUCCACAAGGGGUUGCACUAAGUCUGUUCAAGGGCCAAGAUGAAGAAGACAUUUACAUAGAGAUGUUGGGAUCCCAGCAGCGGGCACGAAGCCUCCAGGAGCCGCCUGAUAGCCCAGAGCAAGCCGACUCGGAAGCUGUCUACGAGGAGAUGAAGUAUUACCCUUCUGAAGAUGGUGGAGCUGCUGCCUCUGUCAACAAACCAGCUAAACUGGAGGCUCUAGGACUCAACUUAGUAGGAUUGGGGACAUCCCCUCCUCAGAGUGCAGAGACUAAACGACUGGCAUUGGGGGUGACUGCUGCUUUGGACAUCGCUCACUCACAUAGCACAUCAAACAGUGGAGCUCCCAAAAGCCAGCAUGGAAAAGAUGGCAGCUGUGACAUUCCUGCACCUUUUCCCAACUUGCUUCCCCACCGCCCUCCACUCCUUGUAUUUCCGCCCUCCCCUGUCACCUGUUCUCCUGCUUCUGAUGAGUCACCCCUAACCCCCCUGGAAGUAAAAAAGCUGCCUGUGUUUGAGACAAACCUCAACUAUGCCACUGGGCCAGACAGCCCCCUGUCCCCACAGUACGCCCGCCAGAGGGCUGAUUCCUCCCCAAGCCUCACGGUUCUCAUGCCAGAGAAGAAGUCCACACCUCCACUCACUCCUCCACCUCCACCUCCUCCUCCUAGUGCCCCACCUCCACCCUAUAGACCUCCUUCACACUUCCCCUUCCCACCUGAGGCCAACUUCCUGGCUCUGACACGAGCAGCAUCUGUCACCGGGAGCUCAGAUUCCUCCAAAACGUCCUCACAAAGAACAGGCGGGGAGCCGCUGGGGAAGCCUCCUCCCUAUUCCCCUGUGAAGGUGUCUCGUCCUGAGCCUCGAAGAGCUCACUCGUGCUCCUCGUCUCCACUGCUAUUCAACCCAGCCAACGGCAGGCCCCUGACCAGCCCCCUGGAUGAACUCAACACCCUGUUCAGCUCUGGACGUAGCCUACUGAGGAAGUCUGGCCGCAAGAUGAGAGAUGGAGGAUUCAAUUCUAAUAUCAAUCUGCCAGGGAGGGAAGACUGUGGCUCUGCCCCCACCUCACCAUCUCUCCAGCUACAAGACAAGAACGCCAACAACCACUCUCCCCACUCACAAAGCCCUGCCCCUGUAGAGAACGGGAACCAGAUCUCAAAUGGGUCGCUGGAGGAUGAGAGUCACAGCAAGUCAAACUCCUCCAGCACCCCCUCUCUGCACAGACACAUGGAUAGUCAUCAUACUCAGGUGUUCCAGCGCCUACGUCUGUCCAACGGGGAUGAGAGCGCCGCCCUUGGAGAGCUUCUGCGAUGGCGGCGACUGCAGUGUGAGGGGCGGAGUGACUGGAAGCGCCGCCCACCUCAGUCCCCACCCCUGCCCCCCACACUGCUCUGGACCAACAGGAAGGCCCCUCCAUGAUGGAGGUUUUCUGAUAAAGUCACAUACGUUGGCUAUGAAGUUCCUCCCUCUUUCUUCAGCCACGCUUGCACGAGCUUUUCAAUUUUAUUCUUUUCAUUUUUUUGUUUUGUUUUUGAUCCGUUAACUUCUGUCCCCAUGGACUAAGCUUAAGCUCCAAGAAUGAGCCUAGUCCGUGGGGUGAAGGUCCUGCUUUUUCCCUUUGCACUCAACUGUGGGGGAUUCCCUUACUUAUGUGAUAGAAACUCAGCACCAUGUGACAGCUAACUGAUACUAAAUGAUAUCCAUGAAAAAUGACUGCAAAGCAGAAAAAGAAUAGAUGCGGGAUAGUCUGUGAUGACAUAUAUGAUCAAAAAGAGAAAAACACUGACGUGUCUAUUUAUUUUCAGCUCUUCUAAGAUGAAAUGACUGACGCUGAUCAACAGGAGGCUUAAUUUACAAGCAAAGUAGUUGACCUGGGGUUUAGAUGCCGAAUGGCCAUCUGAUUUGGAUCGUAUGGCCUCAUAAGGUGAGCUGCUGCAUUAAAAUGAGCUCCACUCUAAAACCCGGUGCUGAUUAUACUUGACGUGCUGUGAUGUUCCCGUGUGAUGCGUUCUCAUAUGUGCACACCUGAGUCUCAGAAAGUUUACAAGUCAACCAAUGCCUCUGGAGACCUCCAGUUUUGAACAACACUUUACUGGCUUAGACAUGGGACCUUUUUCAGGUACACAGCUCUCACUUAGCGUCUCAUGUUUGGGCUCUAAGUGCUACUGCAGCCCUGGCAGCAAGCGGCCGGGGGUCAGGGUAACCUCAGUAUUAUCCCAGGGUGCACUUCUCUUCCCCCUUGUUACCACCAGCCUUUGAGAAAGCCCUCUGGCCAAAUCCUAAACUACUGCACUUACCUUUACUAGGAGAUGGGGAUCCAACUAAUGAGCAUACUUUGGCUUUAUGUAUAAAGGUAAAGCUGAGAUUUUAAAAAAAGAAAAGAAAAAAAAAAGCUUUAGCCGAUAGUUCAUGUUCUGAACAUGAAACUCUGUGCCAAAGUGAUACAAUGUGUGAAAGCUAUAUCUAAACUAACAAGUAUAGUUAUUAAAACUGAUGCAUACGGUAGUCUCCUUAUGCUUGUAUACUGUAUGUACAGACUGACAAAUGACCAAAUCAUAGCUGUUGUUGCAGUUCACUGGUGAUCCUGUGUGGACUAAAAACAUUAAAAAGUGUUUAAAAUGGGUAUAAAACUGUUCACACUCUUAACGUGUCUCAUCAGCAUCUGAACAGGUUAAUGCGUUUUUCAGGAGACCUCACGCACAGAUGAACCUGAUUAUUGUACAGAUCCCUACUUCGUUGGUGUGUCCUCGCAGGCGCCUAUUUUUUACCUUGUCCUGUCCUCUUCUUCUUUUCCUUUCCCGUACUUGACCCAAAACAAACAGACCCCCUUCCCCUUUCCCCUACUUGACCCACCCCACCUCCUCCAGUGGAUCAAACCGGCUUUACGGGUGUUUCCAUGGUAGCCACAGUGUAAAUAGUGAAUGGUGUCAUAUGUUUUAGCUUUUACUAUAGAAGAAAAGCACGGCGGUUGACCUUAAAGAUGAAGGACAAGGAUGAGUAUAUAAUACUGUGUAUGGUGAAACUGAGAUUGAAGAAUGUCUCGGGUUAGAUGCAAUGCUGAGAGAAAGAGGUCUAUUUUAAGAUGUGAAUAUCUUUUUUCUUUUUUUUUAGAACGACUGUCUACGGUUAUGAAAAUUCAUUUAUACUCUAUUUAAUGAUUUGUUUAUUCCCCUUCGACCCCAUUGUUCUGCUCCCCUGAUGCAAUGCAGAUGUUCUAAAUGUAUAUGGAUGUUUUAUUGCACAAUGUUUAUGUGGUGUUGUGUUGACCUCUGUAAUGGGCUGGGUGUGUCUAGACAAGGUGUUCGAUCUUUAAAGAUCCAGUCUGAAUUGUUAGAGCCUCCAAGUAUCAAUAGCUCUAAUAGAUUUCUCAUUCCCACUGAUCACCCACAAGGCAUUUAAGUUGGUUCAGAUUUGCAAAUUAGCAGCGCCAUCGCAGGAUCGAUCUCGAUUGUUGCCGGCGUGCGAAGGUGCACAAAUAUUCAAGAGGCCGUUGAAGGCGAACUUGCCCAGUUGUGUUUUGGACUGACUGGCUGAAUGUACAAAUGCAAAAUUUUUAUUCCACCAUCCUGUGCACAUCUUUGAAUCUCUUUGUAUCUUAUUACUGGAACAUUCGCCUGAAUCAAAAGAGUGUACCUAACUGCUUAAUGUGAUUAUUGUCUUCAGAAGUUGUGUAUGCAGUUCAUUUUUUUCAAGCAAGUAUAAGGUAUUGAUUUGCCCCAUAUAUCACACCUUGUGCACUGUGAUUGGGGCUGCAUGAGCACUGCAAUGGAGAAAUAUAUCAAACAUUUUCACACAAGUAUUUGUGUGUUUCAUCUGCGAUCAAACUAAAGACAGGAACCAAGACUAAGCUCGUCAACCUUGCUAAUGCCAUUGAAAGAAUUUCUAGCUUUGGUAUUUAUCCUUCAGUAUAAUCAGAGUUAUGGUUGGUUGUGUGCAGUUUUGUGUAUACUUAUGUUUAUGGAAGUCAUGAAAUGAGGACAUUUUUUAAUUGUAUUUUACCUUGCAUGACCACAUGUUGGGUGUCCUCCCCGUAUAACAUGCUCGUGCAGAAAAGAUAAAGGCUGUCUAAUGUGAAGAACUGCUUCCCUCUGCACUGUGAAUCACUCCACUGUCCCCCAAUGUCUCGGCUAAACACAUCAUCCAUCCAUAUCCACAUAAACCCAUCUGCUAAUAUGUCCACUUCAUCACAUACAAAUCUUGAUGAAUUAGCUCACUCUGAAGUAAGCUCCGGCAGCCAAAAUACUGCCAGUCAUAUUCGUUAGCCAGGAAUCUAUAAAUCCUCUGCUCUGAGAUCACCUCUCUGGUGCUACUGCCAGUGUAGAAUGGCCAUCUAUUGUCUCCAGUCCACUUAUAGUUGUCCAGAGAGACAUGAUAUUUCAGCACUGCCUUUCAUAUUGUUGUUUUUUUUUUAUUGUAAUCUUUCUUUUGUACAUGACAUACAGUAUAUUUUAAUCUGCAUACAUAUGUGUUUGUGGAAAGAAAAAAAUGAUUGUGAUAUUUCAGAAUUAUUAUGUUCCCAAUUUUUUAAGUACUGUACUUGUACAGCAAUAAAGCACAAUUGUGUCAAUGCGAGUCUCUCUCUCUCACUCUCU